AUGCCCCUCUUCUCCUUCUUCGGCAGCUCGUCCAGUUCCUCCCCAGCCCAGAAGAUGACGUACCCUGACCAGCGAUCGGAGGACGAGUGGCGCAUGGUUUUGAACAAGGAACAGUUCCGUAUCCUGCGCGAAAAGGGUACCGAGCCCGCCGGCAGCGGCGAGUACGAUAAGCACUACCCGGAGCAGGGGACCCUCCCCGGCGCCGUGGAGCGCCACGAGGACCGCGCUUUUGGUAUCGUGCGGACCGAGAUUGUCUGCUCCAACUGCGGUGGACACCUCGGCCACGUCUUCAAGGGCGAAGGGUUCUCUACCCCUACGGACGAGAGGCACUGCGUCAACAGCGUCAGCAUCAAAUUCUCGCCCGAGGACCCCGUUGUGUCCAAGGACAGCGCGGAGAAGAAGGCCUAA